UUUUAUUAUCUAUGGAAAAUUGGAAAACAUUAAGCAACAUCGUCGUUCAUUGAUAAUUAUCAAUUUAAAGUUGAAAACUUGAAACUUGUGGAUGUGAACAACUCGCAUAUCGUCAUUGUAUAGAAAACUAUACUUAUUACUUCCUAAGGUAUUGUAGUACUAAGUACUGUGAAGUGUGUUAUUCAAGGACUCACGUCGGACGUGUGUUACCUUCGGUUUUUUUUUUACGAGACAUCAGACUACAACACUACACAAUGUCUCUAUUUAGCGUGUUACCAGCACCUACACAAUUCCAUCAGGAUUUGGAAGAAGAUGACGAAACCAAUGAAACACUUGCUGAGAAAACCAAUACCUUUGAAGUGUACGCUGUCAAAAUCCCACCUUAUGGGAACAGAAAUGGAUGGGUACCAAGGACUGUUGAAGAUUUUGGAGAUGGUGGUGCUUUUCCGGAAAUCCAAGUGGCUCAAUACCCAUUGAAUAUGGGAAAAGAAAAUAAAGAAUCUGUUUCAAAUGCUCUUGCAUUGCAGUUAACUUCUGAUGGUAAAGUUAAAUAUGAUGUGAUUGCUCGCCAAGGUCAGAGAAAAGAUAAAGUGAUUUAUUCAAAGCUAUCUGACAUGCUUCCAUCUGAGGUGGUAAAUGAAGAUGAUCCUUCUUUGCAAAAGCCUGAUUCAGAAGAAGUUGCAGACAUCACUGAAAAAACAAGAGCAGCGCUAGAAAAGUUAACUAAUUCUAAAGUUUCCGCUGCAUUACCAGUACGGGCGGCAGAUAAACCUGCUCCUGUACAAUGGUUCCGUUAUACCCCUACUGAACAAGGAACAGAAUAUAAUUCUGGAUCGAAACAACGUGUAGUAAGAUUAGUGGAGGCUCAGAAAGAUCCUAUGGAACCCCCAAAAUUUAAAAUAAAUAAAAAAAUUCCACGAGGACCUCCAUCACCUCCUGCGCCUUUAAUGCAUUCACCUACCAGAAAGACAUCUGUUAAGGAACAGAAAGAAUGGAAAAUUCCUCCUUGUAUAUCCAAUUGGAAAAAUGCUAAAGGAUAUACAAUUCCAUUAGAUAAGAGAUUAGCUGCUGAUGGUCGAGGCUUACAACAAAAUCAUAUAAAUGAAAAAUUUGCCAAGUUAGCCGAGGCUUUAUAUAUAGCAGAUCGUAAAGCCAGAGAAGCUGUUGAAAUGAGAGCUCAGUUGGAAAAGAAGAUGGCACAAAAAGAAAAGGAAAAGAAAGAGGAACAUCUUAGAGCAAUGGCUCAAAAAGCCAGAGAAGAAAGAGCAGGUAUUCGGCUUCCUGGAUCCGCUAAGAAUGAUGAAUCUCGCGAACGUGAUCAAUUACGUCUGGAACGUCAAAAAGACAGAGCUCGUGAUCGUAACCUUGCUAGAAAUGCUGACAGCCGUAAAAACAAAGUAUUGCGAGAUCGAGACAUUAGUGAACAAAUUGCUCUUGGUCUCCCAGCGAUCACUAGAAAAACUGGAGAUACUCAGUAUGAUCAACGCUUGCUUAAUACAACAGCCGGUAUGGAUACCGGAUUUGGUGAUGAUGAAGAAUAUAAUGUGUAUGAUAAACCUUGGCGUGGAAACAGCUCUUUGGCUCAACAUAUUUAUCGCCCAUCUGCUAAUAUUGAUAAGGAAGUAUAUGGUGAUGAUUUAGACAAAAUUGCUAAAACAAAUAGAUUUGUACCGAACAAAGAAUUUAGCGGAACUGAUCGUGAUCCUAAAGCUAGUGGUCGGUCUGGUCCAGUUCAGUUUGAAAAACAUCAACAAGAAGAAGAUCCAUUUGGUUUGGAUCAGUUCUUGACUCAAGCCAAGCAUGCAUCUAAAAGGUCUCAACCACAACAACAAGAUCGUGAUAAACGCCGUAGAAAAGAUUAAUUUUUUCCUAUUUGGCUGAAAAUGUUUUUUCAUCCAUUGCAUUAGGAGCAUAAUUUUUUUAUUUUAAAAAUUAAAAUUAAAAUUCAGUAAAAUAUCAUGAAUUUAAUUAUUCUAUAUUUAAUUAAUUACAAAUAUUUUAUCUACGUAACAAUGUUGAAUUCUUUAGUAUAGAAAUCUUUUGAUUUAAUCAUUAAAACUUAAUUCAUUUCCAUUUUCUAUCAUCAACUUUAUGGUUAGAUCAUGUGUUGUUCCAAAUAUAAAUAAACACAUCUAAAAGUAAUUUAUUGAAAAAUCUGGUCGGUCCCAGUUUACACGUCCCCUUGUAUAUUGUCAUCAAAUAAUUAAAAACAUUAUCUAAUAUCAAACAAUGUUAGGGACUGAACGUUAACUAUAUGGCACUCUUGUCUUGAAGAUAUUUGAUAUCACACUCUGCUUAACAUUAAAUAUGCGUAAAUAAGUUUCUUGAUAGAAGUUUUUAAAAGGGAAAAUUAUACAAAAUUCUUGAACUAAAAAAAAAAA